AUGUUCGGAAGGUUAAGAUUUCUGUGGAUUGAUAAACUCUUGUUUUUGAAUUUACACUUAAUUUUAUUUGUUUGGCGUUAUGUUGUUUUUAUUUACAAAUUUACUAUAAAAGCAACGAGUCUUAAGCUUUCGUAUUUUCCUUGUUACAGAAUUAUUAGGGGGGUAGGGUCCUUUGUUGGCCUUUUCGCUUUCGUCUUUAAUAAUGCGGAAGGGGUCAUCCUUGUUAUUUAG